AUGCAAACUGUGUUAUGGACGUUCUUUGCCCUGGUUGGGACUUGUGUUUAUUGUUACGAGAAUCUCUCUCGUAGAUCUGCUACCAUAAUUUCUGUGAGCUCAAUCUUUGAGUCUUAUACGACAAGCAAUGCGAAUGAUGGAAAUUUAAACACGACCUACAUCUUCUGUUCCCACACUGAUCUUAAUCAAACAAAAGCAUGGCUGCAGGUGGACCUCGGCAAACCCUACAGCAUUAACCAUGUCAAGAUAUAUUAUAGAAAGGACGAUUAUGGACUAUACUGGAAGCAGUAUCGGUUCCGGCAGUUUUAUCUUGAUGUAUCGAACAUCUCAGCAACACAAAGUUCGACGACUCAGAGAAUUCGCUGCUAUAAGGACAAUACAACCGCCCCAUCAUUGCCUCCCUAUAUAAUAGACAUACCAUGUAAACAAACAGUUAGAUACGUCAUUGUUGAGACAACUUAUGAUGCUCCAGAAGAUGAUAAAUAUGGUGUACAUGGAGCAAUCCUUGAAGUUUGUGAAAUAGAAGUUUAUGGGUGCAAUAAGAAUUGCAUUAACCAAGUUUGCGAUCCUUUUGGGUUCUGUAUCCAGGGAUGUGUGGAUGGAUAUUGGGGACAUUUCUGUGAUUCAGUAUGCCAUGUUGACUGUAAAGAACCGUCUUGUAACAGAACUACUGGACAUUGUAUCACCUGUAUUUCUGGAUUUUGGGGAGACACCUGUACAAUACAGUGUUCAUCGUUUUGUUACGGGGGAGUCUGUGGCAAAAACAAUGGUUACUGUGCACAGGGAUGCACGCCAGGACGAUUUGGUGAAAUUUGUGUUCAAAUAUGCAGCUCUGGAUGUAAAAAUGGUACAUGUGAUCAAAAGACUGGGAUUUGUCUCUAUGGAUGCAAACAGAACUGGUCAGGUGAUUAUUGCAACAUAUGUGAAUCAACGCGUUAUGGGCCAACCUGUUCUUUGGAAUGCGCUGACAGCUGUGUAAACAGUACGUGUAAUAAUUACACUGGUUCCUGUAUGUAUGGUUGCCAGGAGGGAUUCUACGGAGAUCAGUGCGACAGAGACUGUUACAGUUGUCCCACAGGGUGUGACAGAAUAACGGGAGAAUGUAUUGGAGAUUGUCCUGUCGGCAGGUUUGGAAAACUUUGCAACAAACCAUGCAGUAAAGAUUGUAAAAACAGAUGUAACAAGAACACUGGCAGCUGCGAGGAAGGCUGUGUAUUUGGUAACAUUGGAGAUUUUUGUAAUGAAACGUGCGAUGAUCGAUGCUUAUCUUGUUGUGAUUCGAAAACUGACAACAUUAAACCGAGGCAGGAUUCAUGCACAGAAAACCUUUCCAUUUUGAUAGGAGUAUGUGUGAUUCUUUGCAUAAGUGUCCUAGUGAAUGGUUGUACAAUUACAUGGAUUUUAAGACAAACCGGAUGUAAACAACGAGGUGUUACGCAACAGAGGACAAAAGGUGAUUCGCAUUCAAAUGACUUCGUUUCACAACAAGGGAUACAUUACACGGCAGAGGACAACGCAGGGUACCAAGAAUUAGGUCAAGUCAGUGGACCCUCACACUAUGACCAGCUUCAAAGGUCACAAUGAUUUGACACUACAUAAUGAUAAAAUACAACGGCAUUAUUUUAAUAUUAGAUUAUUAAUUUAUGUAUAAGUAGCAUUAUGGUCAACAAGAAAGGAAUGAACUGAAGUUCAUUUGAUAAACGUAAUGUAUCUGCUUCAUUUUAAAUGACCAAGACGUGUUUAUUUUGUACAUAUUUUCACGAAAUUGCUUACAUUUAAUCAACUUAUCUUCCGUUUUGACGAUAUAGACGUUCGCAUUAAUAUCAUUUUGCAAUCGUUAUAUACCAUCAUUUAAACAUUCUUCUCAUUGUUAUUCUCUUAACUUGCUGUUGAUAUGGACAAUUUUAUUUCAAAAUCGAUAAGCCUAUGUUAACAACUGAAUACCGGUAUAUCUAUCGACAUCAAUUGGCAUUUGUAAACAACAAGAUCAAAUAUUAUAUUUGAAAAUUAGACUAAGCAUAUCUUUACUUUUUGUCGUUAUUGAAGAUAUCGAUUCGAUACAUUAUACAAUUGUUGACAUUAUUGUAAAAUGUACAGGCUAUUUGAUAAUAUAAAAACUGUGGUAUGUCUUUCCGAUUAUGUCAUUAAAUUCAAGGUCAUCCAUUCUGCUAAUGUUAAUUAAGAUUUUUGUUUAUAUUUACUACAUUCUAUUGAUCUGGAUUGAAAUGUUUACAUACUCCCUUUUGUAAACAAAUUAACUUUAAUUAUUAUAUAAUUUCCCAACAUUGGUUGACCGAUUCAGUUUGAAAGA